ACCGAGCGCUCGGCGUCGCCCUCCCGCUCGUCGCGAGUGCCGAGCUACACUCCGGCGGGCAGAGGCCGACAGUCGUAGACGGCAAGUCCACAAGCGUUGUCGUCGGGCGGGCGGUUGCUGUGCGGCGUACGAGAACGAAAACUACGACGACGACGACAAUAAUAAUAAUAAUAAUAUCUCCAGCAGAUCGAUAAAAGUCUUCUCGUCUUCAUUUCGUUUACGGUAAUUUGUCGGCGGAAACGAUACCUACACCGUCGUGAUUACGUACACUGCCGCCGUAGUCGAGAUACAUAAUUCGGAAAAAUUAUCAGCUAUAUUAUACCACACCAUACAUAAGAGGAUAUUUUAAAAGUUCUUAUCAGUGAUUCUUCAACUAUACGUUAUGUUUUUUAUUUAAUCUUCAAAUAUUUUUACAAAAUUAUAAUUAACAUGCAAGAACCUCCUACUGAUUGGCUUAUGAUCAUCGCAAUAUGCUUUAUAACUAGUUGUGUAUUAAUUGCAUUACUAUGUCUUGUUUGUUGUUUUUGGUCUAAAUGCUUACUAUUCAACUGUUGUCGACCAAAUUAUAACAACACUUUUAUAAUAUCCUAUGACAAACCGGAAGAAGCAUUGAAUUUACCACCAGAAGACACAAAUAACAGUACUUGUUACUCGCCCGUACGAAUGAAGAAAAUAAAAACAUAUGAUUAUUAAAUUUUAGUGAAUUUUAAGCAGUAAGAUAAUAAUGCUUGUGUUGUUUACUUAUGACUACAAAAAAUUUGCCAAAAUGCAACGAAUGUUCCUGAUCUCAGUAUUACAUACACAAUAUACAAAUCAUACAAAUAUUAAAACAAGAUUCAGAAGCCAACUAGGAUAUUUCAUUGAAACAAAAACAAAUUCAAAAACAAAAAAUAUUAUAGCAAUCGAAUUAAUGCCUUGAUCGACUAUGAAGAUCUCAAUAAUCUUAUUAUAUAAAAUAAUAUAUAAUAUUAUGUUUGAUUAGGUAUAUUCUAUUACAUUAGGAUGGUAUCUACGUCCUACCUAUUUAUCAAUAGUUAUAUUAUAAAAUACGCCAAUGCAUGAUAGAACGCCUUUAAAGAUUAAAAGGUAGAAAUUAUUAGAGAAAGUUGAAGAAUAAUAUUAUUAAUCAUAUAAUGUGAUGAUAAUAUUUUUCAAUUACCUAUAGGUAACAAUGUACCAUUGUAAAAUAGAAUCUGUUGUUAUGCCUGAAUACUGACUUAAAAAUGUCUUUGUGGUCAAUUAAAUUGGUAUGUUUGUCUAAUUUUUUUUUUAUAUCUAUUAAUUAACAUUCGUUAGUUAGUGCUAUAUUUAGUUUAAUUACAUAAAGUAAUAUUUCAAUUUUUAUUUUUAGAUAGUUAUGUUUAGAACAAAUUCCAUGUGAUAAUUAUUAAAUUAAUAUUUACUUACCUAUUAAUUUAAUAAUAAAAAUAUGUUAUCAUAUAAAAUUUUGUAUUCUCCAACAUUAAUCAAUGCUAUUUUUUUAAAUUUAUAAUAUCAUUUAUUUUAUAUACUUCCUAAAUAAUUGUAUCCAAAUCUAUAUUGAAUAAGUGGCACAUAUAAUUAAUAAAUAUAAUACCUCAGGAAUUUUCCCAAAGGGUACCUACAUGGCUACAUAUUUAUAAUAUUUAUUUCUAUAUGUAACCGUGCUUUACUUUUAAUGAUUUUGCUUGUGUUCAAAAAAAAAAAAUUCAUAUCUUAAAAAAAUAAAUUGUUUAAACAAAUUUAAUGUUUUACAAUAAACGCGUGAUAUACUAAGA